AUGGCGGCCAUGGUACAGAUAGCGGUGUUAGUUGUAUGUGCUUCUUUGGUUCGUGGAAAUACAGAAAAGUCGAGUGCCAUUAUAAAGGAUACUGAAAAAUUAUUGUCUUUAGUAAAGAGAGAAUCGCCAGCGUUCUUCGAAGAUAAACAGAAAUUAUCAAAGCGUUCUACAGGUGAUGGUAAAGUGGCGAUCAAGAAGCGGGAGGUGCCCAGAAGUUACGGCAGCCAAUCACACGGUCGCCAUGGUUCCCAGUCCGGGGGAUAUGGAGGCCGUAACCAAGGCUACGGAGCGGACUCUUAUGGCUAUGAUUCCUAUGGUCACGACUCGUACGGUAAACGUAGGCACGGAAACAGCGGUGGCUAUGGCGGUGGGUAUGGGCACGGCGAUAGUUACGGUGGUCGUCAUGACGACGGCUACAGUAGUGGUCAUAAUGAUGGAUAUGGCAGAGGACAUAGCAACAGCUACGGCGGUGGUCAUAACGAUGGCUACGGUAGAGAACACAGUGACGGCUACGGUGGUGGUCAUAGCAACAGUUACGGCGACACUCACAGCGACGGCUAUGGAGGGGGGCAUAGUGACGGCUACGGUGGUGGUCAUAACGACGGUUACGGAGGCGAUCAUGGUGAUGGCUACGGCGGUAGCCAUGACAACGACUACGGCGGUGGUCAUAACGACGGCUACGGAGGGGGUCAUGGCGGUGGCUACGACGGUGGCCAUGACGAUGGUUACGGCGGUGGCCAUGGUGGUGGCUAUGGCGGUGGCUAUGACGACGGCUACGGAGGCGGUCAUGGUGGUGGCUACGGCGGUGGCCAUGACGACGGCUACGGCGGUGGCCAUGGCGACGGCUACGGAGGCGGUCAUGGCGGUGGCUACGGCGGCGGUCAUGGUGGUGGCUACGGCGGCGGUCAUGGAAGCGAUCAUGGGAAUGGAUACGGCAGCCAACGUGGCGGUUACAAACAGAUGCUCACAUUAAAACAACUGCUCUUUAUCAAAGCACCAAAGUUUGCUUCUUUUUUACUCAAAGCAGCAGCACAAGAUAACGAAAUCUCCGAGGUGUUAAACAAGAAAAAUGGACCCUAUACGGUGUUUGCUCCUACUGAUUACGCUGUUGCCAAACUGAACGUGUCACUCAGGGAAGAUCUCAAAAUGUUGGAUGACAACAUGUCGCUGACGGAUGCCACCAUUGAGAUCCUAAAGUUUCACAUCAUCAGCGGAUCCGUCUUCAGCAAAGAAUUCAAAAAUGAUGCAACCUUCAUCUCACUGAAUGGAACCAAAGUCAGAGUGAACUUUUAUCAGUAUGAUGUGACUGCGUCUGGCUCACGUAUUGUGAAAAAGGACAUCAAAGCCAAAAACGGCAUCAUACAUUUGGUGGAUUGUUUCCUGUGUGAUGGUAACGUGCCCAUAGACCUGAACUCAGCGGACGUGCUGACCACUUCUCUGGUCAUGGACGUAUUCAAUAUGGCUCUAGAGUUAUUCCAAAACACCACUUUGUUCAACCCAAAUGCACAUGAUCAUGAACACAAGAACCACGAAGACGGCUACCCGUCCAGUCACAGUUAUGGCUAUGGCUCCCACUUCAAGGGUUGUACCUACUUCAUCCCCAGUAACGACGCCUUCACAGAGGUAAUGGACGAGUUAACCGCUCUAACUGAGGCCGAGUUACUGGCUCUGGCAAAGUGUCACAAGGUAGAUGGCACUUACUUCAGUGAAGGUCUGUACAAACAGCAGGUGUUGAAAACCAAAUGUGGUCACACACUGUGGGUUGGAAAGACAUCACAUGAUCAUGAACACAAGAACCACGAAGACGGCUACCCGUCCAGUCACAGUUAUGGCUAUGGCUCCCACUUCAAGGGUUGUACCUACUUCAUCCCCAGUAACGACGCCUUCACAGAGGUAAUGGACGAGUUAACCGCUCUAACUGAGGCCGAGUUACUGGCUCUGGCAAAGUGUCACAAGGUAGAUGGCACUUACUUCAGUGAAGGUCUGUACAAACAGCAGGUGUUGAAAACCAAAUGUGGUCACACACUGUGGGUUGGAAAGACAUACAACUACACUCUACAAGUGAACAGUGCGCUGGUCACCAACAGCAGUAAUAUCUGUACCACUGAUGGGGUUGUCCACGUCAUUGACCGGUUUAUUAUUCCCCCCAACUUCUACGACGAAUUCUUCGAUCUCCCUGAUGUGUACGGUAACCCCUGCGGUCAUAUCUGCAAAAAAGUCAACAGCACCAAGGUCCCCGAGAACGAUGACGACACGGGUUGACGCAUUUCUAUGAGCACGGAUGGACGGGAAUAUGUCGAGUUGUUGCAAGGGCUAUUUUGUCAAAUUUUUAUAAGAGACAUUGUCAUGGGUUAGCAUUGUAUGGGCAAAUUACAAUAUGAAGGGCGUUUGUUUUAUCCAGAAGAGGUAACGUCCUCACACUUGGCUGCAUGUUUAAGGGGUCACAACAUAUGUAGGCCUAC